CUCGCAUCCGUCGGCCACAGUUAGUUAUUGUUGUACGUUGCUCGUGAGCGACACUCACAUUCAUUCACAAGCAUCUCACCCAAAGUCGCUCAUUAUCCCACGCAUCGCGCAGCGCGUCGCUCGCUCCACCAGCUGUUCGUUGCCCACGUAAACAAACGCGACAUCAACAAUAGCCACCGCAACGACAAACCCCGACAAUCAGAACAGAACGAACGCAGCGCGCCGAACGAACACAGGCCUCUCCACGUGCAACCUCUGGAAGGUCUCACCUCGACACGCAAACUACCUUACGCAAGUGCCACGAGACAAACGCCCAGCAUGAAGUAUCUCUACAGCGCCGCGGCGCUGUUCGCCGCAUCCGUGUCCGCAGAUUUAUGCGCCCACGGCAGCACAGAUGUUAAUGGCAACUGGUACUGCCAGGAGGUCAAGGCUAUCACCUACUCCGGCGUUGGCGGAUCGGGCUCGUACAACAAGGUCACCUCCAUGGGCUCCAGCGGAUCAUGUAGCAGCACCCCAUACGGCUACUCUGGCAGCAUGGCGCCCCUGGAUGAGGAGGUCUCGAUGCACUUCCGCGGUCCACUGCGCCUCAAGCAGUUCGCAUUCUAUGCUCCAGGCUCUUCUUCCACCAAGAUGGUCAAGGCAAGGAGCGCAAGGCCUAGCUCUCGUGAGCGCCGCAGCGCACUUGGUCAUGGUCACGCUCACGCCCAUGCACACCUGCACGACAAGCGUGAGGCUGAUCCAGACGCUGCUGUUGGUGACCUUGUCACUGAUGUCAUCGACGGCAAGACCGUGCACUGGCUCAACACCUACGAUGGAGGUGCCUCUAGCGCACCCGCCAGCGCUCAGUCUUACGGCUCGGGCAGGUCCAGCAGCAGUGCCUCGACUUCGGGCUCAGCGGCCAGCUCUUACUCUUCAUCUGACGACACCAUCAGCGGCUCUGGCUGGACUCGCCAGGGCUACUACAACGCUCAGGACCAGACUUCUGAGGGCAUUGUCUUCCUCAACCACGAAGGUGGCUCAGGCUCUGGUGUUUUCGACAUGACCUACGGUAACUCGCUCUCUUACGCCAGUACUGAUGGCUGCUCUGGUGCCUCGUCCCCACAGAUCCUCAAGGACUGCCAGCUCAAGUCUGACACCGAGGUUGUCAUCAUGACCGACAAGAAGUGUUCUGGUGACAGCUGCGGCUUCGUUCGCCCAGGCACUGUCGCAUACCACGGCUUCAACGGCCCAAGCAAGGCUUUCUUCUUCGAGUUCAGCAUGCCAGAUGAUGGUACCACUGCUGCCAGCAUCUACGACCCAACCAACAUGCCAGCCAUCUGGAUGCUCAACGCUCAAAUCCCACGCACUCUCCAGUACGGUAAAGCUGACUGCUCUUGCUGGACCUCCGGCUGCGGUGAAUUCGACAUCUUCGAGGUCCUCGCUGCUGGUGACAAGCGCUGCAAGUCUACUCUGCACGGCAACAUUGCUGGUGGUGACAGCGACUACUUCGCUCGCCCAGUCGAUAAAACCAUCAAGGCCGCUCUCCUUCUGUACAAGGACAACAUCCACAUUAAGAUUCUUGAUGACAGCACCCAAUUUGGCAAGACCAUGGAUGACACCUUCCUUGACAACAUGAUGAAGGACACCAUGACUGACAGCUUGGAGAGGCUUGUCUCGCAUUUCGCGCUCAGCAAGAGCUCUUAAAGGCAGCACGAGUCUGCAGUGAUUCUAUCCCAACAGUAUAGGGUAGCAGCAGGGAGUUUUCGGCGUUGAAAUUGAAUUCCUGGCCACGGCCUGCUUUUGCGAGCUGGAAAUAUGCUGGUCAGGUUGUCUUGCAUUGGAGAGGUUGUCGCGCCGAGGGGGUGUGAUUCGGACUCGACCGCGCCUGUACAUAAGCUAGAUGACAAGCCGUGCUGAAGCCGCAGACUCUCGAGGGUGCCUACGAUGUCAGUAUGUUAGAGGUACGAGCCUCGGCGGAAGUGCGUGAUGAGUACACAGAGAGGCUGGUGGUACAGAGUACAAUUCUGUUAUUCGCAUGAAGCCAUGCAUCCUCAUCG